GCGCUCCACACUGGGGGCGCUCCGCUCGUUGCCGCAGAGUUCCAGCUCCACGUCCGAAGGAACACCACUAGCUCCAGCCUCCCCUAAAGAUCCGCCACCACUCGUGUGCGCCAUUACCACCGUCUUUCGCCAUGGGUCUCGACGAUAUUGUGCUUCGCAAUGACGAUCCCGAGGACCCAAUGGAUGCUAUUAAAGAAGCAUGUACAAAUACCAAACAUUGUGCAGAACUUGGGGAAGCAUAUUCUAGCUGCAAUGAUCGAGUAAGUUCAAGAUCAAAAACAGAAGAAACAUGCUCUGAAGAACUUUUUGACCUUCUACAUUGCAUUGACCAUUGUAUGGCAUCUAGUUUAUUCCAGAAACUGAAGUAAGCAAGGUCCCUUCAUAUGAGCAUUUUUAAUUUAAGAAUAUUGUCUUGUGUUUUAAAGCACAGAUAGAAACAAGAUCACUGCCAUGUGGCAAGUAAGAAGUCUUAGUAUCACACUGAUGUCCUUAAUAGAAUGGACCAAAU